CGGGGCCGCGCUGCCGCCGCGCGGAGCCGCCAUGGCCGGGCUGGCCGCCACCGAGCCCCCGGGCCCGCGGGCGGCCUCCCGCUCCCCCGCCCUCGGGGCCGCUCGCAGCGGCGGCGAGAGGCGCACGGACGGCGCCCAGGAGACGCAGUUGAGGUCAGUGGAUUUGAAUCACGUCAUCGCACUACUCAAAGAUUCGGGCUCAAAAGAUUUGGAAAAAGAGCAGCUGAAAAGUCUCAAGAAGGUAGUCAAGCAUUUUGAAAAUGGACUUCCCCUUAAGGAUGUAGUACAAAUUACUGAAAUUCUUAACCUGUGCGCAAAAAAAAUGUGUGAACAAGAAGCUUUCACUGAGCCUUUAUGUGAACUUAUUAAAUUGUUUGGGUUACCAUUUCAAAAAAAGAAAUCAUCUGAUGAAGUUAACUAUUCCGUUGAAGUUUCACAAUCCAUUGCACAACUGGGUUACUUGAUGGGAGUGCCAAGCUCUCAAGUUAAAAUACAAAUCUGUAAGAGCAUUGUUAGCUUUUAUAAUAUGGAGCUACCAGGAAAACUACUUUCAGGAGGCCUAAAGAAGCUGCUGCUACUACAACCCUUUCAAAAUUCUAUAAAUAGGAGAGCAUCCAAAUCUGGUUUUACCUUACGAACAAGACUCAAAUGCUGUUACCAGCCAACAAAUCCAAACUAUAAAACCCAAUUGGCUGAAGUAGGAGGAUUAGCAGAAAUUCUUGUUUUGUCACUAGCAUUAGUUGAAAAUCAACUUACUGAGAAGUUGUGGGUACUGAAAGCUCUCCAGCAUCUUUCCACCUCUGCAAUAAGUUGUGGACAAAUGGUGAGGGCCCAAGCAGCCACCAGGCUUUGUUUGUGUCUAAAUGGUGCUGAUCCCUCAGGACAGCUGGUGCUCCGUUCCUCAGAUAUCCUAUGGAACCUGCUAGAAAAAGCCUCAAAAGAAGAAGUUGUUAAUCAGCUCAGAAGCUUGGAAUGUGUACGUGCUUUGAAAGAAGUAUUUGUAGACCUCAUAUGUGGCUUCCGACACUGCGAUCAGCAGCUACGGAAUGACCUCUUGGUGAUUGCCACGUUACUAGCUGAAAAACCUGAAGUACCUAUGAUUGAAAGUGGAUUUGCAGAGAUCUUAAUAGUACUUGCAACAUGUACUGAAGUUAAACUUCCCAAUCCUUUGGUGAAAGGUUUUAAACUUACCUACUCAUACGAGGAUUUUGAGAUGAAGAAGUUACUAUUUAAUCUAAUAGGAAUCUUAUCUAAAGACCCAUCUGCUGGACAGCUCCUCAGAGAAAAUCAUGUGAUGCCAGCUUUGCUUUAUUAUGUAAAACAGAAUCGAAAGCCUGGAUUUCCUGACUGGUCUGCUGCUCAAUAUGAAGAAUUACAGCUUCAUGCAAUUGCUGUUUUAGCUUCAGUGGCUCCUGUGUUAGUAGACAAAUAUUUGUCCUGCCAAGCAAAUACUCUUCUCCUUGUGUUUCUAGAGUGGUGUACAGGCCAAGAUCCUUUCUUCGGUCAAGGUAACAGUUUCCAUGGAAGAGGUGGCCGUGGCAACAAACUCCCACAAAUGCGCUACAGCCUCCGAGCUCUGAGAUCUGUUGUGGCCCUUUAUGAUGAUGCUGUGAACAUUAAUUUGUGUGACCAGGGAGCAAUUAGCCAGCUACUGGACAUCUUAAAGUAUGCAGCAGAGAAAUGUAAAGAAAAAGAAGAUACCAUUCUACUGGAAAUCCAAGCUGACAUAUUAUUUAUUUUGUCUGUUCUCUGUGAAAGUGAUGUCCACAGAAAGGAACUCUUCAGCUGUGAAGGAAUUGGUAUACUCAUCCCAUUCUUUAAGAUGGAUCCAAGGAAGUUAUGUAGUGGAUUAGGCUACAGUUGUCUCCUCCUCAGUGCACUCGACUGCUUAUGGUCCUGUGUCGUUGGAUGUUACAUUGCAGAGGACUCUUUUAUUGAAAAACGGGGCAUUUUUCUCCUUCUGGAUUUGUUGGCAUUAAAGGAAAAGAACCUGUGCAAUAUAAUUCUUGGAAUCUUGGUUGAGUUAUCUGACAACCAUGAAACCGCUUUGUACAUGAACAUCUGGCGAGGGAAGAGAGAUCAAACAGCAGCUAACCUUUUAAUACAGUUAUGGAGACAGGAGGAGAUGGAUUUGGGAGUCAAACGUGAUAAAUAUGGCAAGAUUGCUGACACCAAGAGACCUAUUGCUACCAGCUUCCAGAAACAGCAAAAGGUCAUUCCGGUACCUGCCACCUGUCCCAGUUUUGCCAUCAUGGAAAUUUCAGAGAGCAUACGGGCAAAAAUUUAUUCAUUAUUUUGCAAGCUAGGUUUUGAAAAUUUGCCUGGCUUAUCUGCUAAGGAUUUGGUUACACUUGCUAUUAUACAACGUUAUAUUGACUUUAAAAUUGGAGAGGUUUGGAGUGAAAUAUCUGCAGAAAUAAAAGAAGAAUUCAGGCCUGUUACAUCAGAUGAGAAAGCCUUAAAACUUAUUUCAAAGGUGUCAGAAGAUACUGGAAGCAUGGUUGUUGCUCUGCAGACUGAAGUGUUGGCAAGAGAACACCACCAGGAAAUCCAGGAAGAGAAAAAAAGUUACAAGAAAAUCCAAGCUACCAGUAUACAGAGAGAACUGACAAAUAAAUCUUGGGAAAAUUUCUUGGCUCGGACAUCAAACUAUGAGGCAUUGAAGAAAGCAAAAAGGCUUCAGCACACAUUAAUAGAGGCUUCCAAAUGUGAGGCAAACAUUCAAAAUGGACCAUACCAUUCUACUGAUAUUCCAAAACUCCACGUAACAUACAGCAACUUCAUAGACGAUUUGCGGGUCUAUGUGAGAGGAGGAACUGGUGGAAUGGGUUAUCCUAACCUGGGAGGGGAAGGAGGAAGAGGUGGUGAUGUCUGGUUCGUCGCCCGAGAAAGGACUACCUUAAAGAGCAUUAGGGAGAAAUAUCCCCAGAAGCGAUUUGUAGCUGGAGCAGGAGCCAACAGCAGUGUUAAAGCUCUAAAAGGUGAAAAAGGAAAAGAUCGUGAAGUUCACGUGCCUUUGGGAAUUUCAGUUCUUGAUGAUGAUGGCAAGCAGAUUGGAGAGCUUAAUGCAGCAGGAGAGAGAUUCUUAGCAGCUCGUGGAGGUCUUGGAGGCUCUUUGGCUACAAACUUUCUGCCUUGCAAAGGUCAGAGGAGAACUGUUCACCUUGAUUUGAAACUUAUAGCAGAUGUUGGCUUAGUUGGGUUUCCAAAUGCAGGAAAGUCAUCCUUGUUAAGCAAGAUUUCACAUGCCAAACCUGAGAUUGCAAAUUAUGCAUUCACAACAAUACAGCCUGAACUAGGAAAGAUCAUGUAUGCGGAUUAUAAGCAGAUUUCAGUAGCUGAUCUCCCAGGACUGAUUGAAGGUGCACAUGCAAACAAAGGAAUGGGCCACAAAUUUCUCAAACAUGUAGAGAGAACCAAACAGCUUCUCUUAGUUGUUGAUAUUUCUGGGUUUCAGCUGUCUAUGAAGACUCAGUUCAGAACAGCCUUUGAAACAAUAUUGCUUCUAACAAAGGAACUGGAGCUGUACAAAGAAGAACUUGUAACAAAGCCUGCACUUCUUGCCAUUAAUAAAAUGGAUUUGCCUUGUGCAAAGGAUAACUUGGAUGAACUUAUGACACAACUAGAGAAUCCUCAAGACUUCUUUCACUUGCUAGAGGAAGAAAUGAUUCCAGAAAAUACUCUUGAAUUCAGAGAGGUGAUUCCUAUAUCUACGUAUACUGGAGAAGGAAUUGAGGAACUCAAAACAUGUCUAAGAAAAUCCAUAGAUGAGCAAGCAGAGCAGGUGAAUGAAGAAUAUCGGAAAAAGAAACUCCUGCUUUUACAAACUUCCAAAGAAGAACAAAUGAAUAGAAGCUGACAUUCCUGAAUGGAUCCAGUACAUUUUAAUAUUUUAACUAUGCCCAUGAAGCCUUUGUUGUGCAGACCUUCCAGUUAAUUGUUCCCUCUUCCAUCACUGCCUGCUUCCCUCCUUGUUCAGGCACUUGGGUAGGGCACAGUGGGGAAAGAGACAAGUUUUGUUUUUUUUAUUUACAUUGGCUAUGAAGCUCAACAGUGUAAAGACCAAAGUACGUGUAACUCAAAACACUGCUCAAUACCUGGUGAUCCCUGGAAUAUUUUUUUGCCAAGCGAGAGGAAUGGAGGAAUAUAACUUGCACAAAGGAGCAAGUUCAACAACUCUACAUGUCCUGUGGGCAUCAGAAGAAGCAAGGGAAAUUUCUGAUGGAGGAAUUUUCUAAGAUCUGGGGCUUCUAAGGUGAACCAGUUCUGCUGUUGUGACAGGCAUUGGAUUGUAGGGGGUUUGUUGGUUUUAAGGAUUUAAAGGAAAACACAUAAAAAUGGCUGUUAGCAAGUGACUUGUAGGAGCACUAAAAGCAAGACUAAUUUGUAAUGUUGGAGGUUUUUUUGAUACGUGCUGGUUCCUACUGCAGUUAUCUUAGCUGUAUAAAUCUUGAUUCCAAAUUCCUAUCCUCAAUUUGUGAUUCCUCCUUUUAUGGAGUUGUUGGGUUUAUGUUACGAUUUGGUGAAGAAUAGUGCUUCUUCUCAACAGAGCUAUACAUUUUUGGAAAUAUUUAGUGUUCCAGAUUUUGUAUUACAAGAAGGCACACUCACAUUUUACUUUGAAAAAAAAAAUUGAAGUCCUUUAUUGUCAGGGUGUUUUGUACUUUAAAGCUAUUAAAUUGCUUGUAAAGCAAAAUAAGAUUGAAUACAUUAAAACCUUUUAGUUUGGUUUA